AUGGCAAACUAUGAAUCAAAAAUUGUACCAUUAACAUUAACUGCAAACGAUGAACCAGCAAUUGUACAAUUAACUGUUCAGGAAUUUGAAGACACAUUAAGAGAAAUAGGAAAUGGUUACCAAUACUAUUACAUCGGUAUCGCAGAAUUUCAUGAUGAUCUUAAAACAUCAUUGAAAACUCGCGGUAUAGGAGACGGGCAUCAUUGCGAUGAAAAAAUGGGUAAGAAACCGAGAGUUAUUUAUGGCACUGGCAAACUAACCAAAGAACGUGGAUGCCAAUUGGAAUUGAAAUCAAUCGAAGAACAUCGUAAAAACAAAUAUUGCUUGAACGAGAAAUCCUCUUCCGAGACUACAGCAACACAUGUAGUCUGCUAUAUUCGAGUUUACAAUAGCCAAUCUUCAAAACCAAUAGAGACGGAUAGAAGUUAUAAUUUCCAGCCAGAAAAAUACCCUAGCUACUGUGAACGACUAUAA